AUGUCUUUAUUUUCCAUUGUCCCACGUGAUCAUAAAGAGUGGCAUGAACAAACUAAGCUUAGUGAUAUCACUGAUGAAGAGUUUAAUCGCCAAAUAAAGCCGGUUAAAUACGCACGUAAGCACAUUAUUUUCCAAAUUAUCUGCUUUAUUCUUACUUUAGGUCCUAUCCGUGCAGUUUUCGGAUUUGUUGGUUUCUUCUCAUGCUGUGCCAUUGCUGGAGGACUACGUCGUUUACAAUAUGCCUUAGGAAUGGAUACAACAAAAUACAAAACUUUCCUUCUUCGCAUUGUUCAGCUAGGUUUCAGAUGCUUAUUUAUUGUAUUCAAUCAUAUAUGGAUUAGAAAAGAGGGAACAAUGGAUCCCGACGCUAGAGUCAUUAUUUGCAACCAUACAGCAUUUCAUGACCCAAUGAUUAUCUCAUGCACACGUGAUACCUCCGUUGUCAUGAAAGCCUCAUUUGGAGAAGGCGUUGCCAGAUGGGUUUUCGAUAUUAUCGAUCCAAUCUAUGUUAGAAGAGAUAUGCCAGGUGGACAAACUAAGCUCAUUAUAGACCAUGCAAACAACAAAGAACUUUUACCGAUUUUAAUCUUCCCAGAAGGCACUCUUACAAAUGGUGAUAUUUUCCUUAAGUUCCAUCGUGGUGCAUUCCUUACAGAUCAUAAAGUCCAGCCAAUGCUUGUUCGCUACCACAUGCCAUUUGUUCCAGAAGGCUGGAACUCAUUUGCUUGGACAGAACCGAAUAUUCUUCUCUAUUUCUGGUACGCAAUGUCUGUUCCAUUGAACUGGGUUACUGUUAAAAUCCUCCCAGCUCACAGCAAGAGUGAAUAUGCCAAUGCUGAUGAAUUUGCUGACGCAAUGCAACUUCAAUGUGCAAAUGCCUUUGGUGUUCUUGCAUCUACAAGAUCAAGUAAUGAUAUCUUCAGAAAGAAGACUGAAGAAAAGGUUGAAAAUAAGGAGAAAAAGGAAUAA